AUGAUCCUCCGCAAACUCGCUUCUCCGAUACCAAAGUCCCAUUACACCGACCUCGACCCGUUGUCCCUGUCGUCCGUACCGUCGCCCUCAAUAUCUCCUUCACCAUGCUCGACCUCCCCAGCGAGCAACUCACAGUCAAAAACUCAUGCUUUCUUCGCUUCUCCCUUUUCGACGCGACCAUCAAGUCCAGUUCCCCCGACAAAGAGAAACACAGACGAUCUAGAUUUGAAUGGAAAUGGCAAUAAACCAAAUUCCAAAAGGUCGUCUGCUGCGCCACGAUCAUUGACGGCAGAUUUCUUCGCAACGACGGCGACCUCACCUACAAUUUCUGUUCAACCAAAGAGUAAAAGGAAUUUUCUUAAUCUUGAUUUGCUGCGGUAUGCCCCCAACGUCGAUGGAACCGCACAGCAUCCAAGCUCGCUUGCGACAAACUUUACCUCGACACCGACACCGACGUCUAUUGAAUAUCCUGAUAUGUCAAGCGAGCCAACGCCGCGACCGCCAGCCCUCAAGCUCAAGCUAUCUCCCAAUCUGAUGGAGCCCGCCUCUAUGCAGCCAAGCCCUCUUUCCCUCGUACAGCCCGUCCCGCCACCGCCUGGAACGCAGGAAGACGCUGAGGUUCUGCCUUCCUCGGCAUCGAUAAGCUCGUCGGUGCGCUCCGAUGACACAUCGGACGUAUACGACGAGCUCGCUCCAGGCAUGAUCAUCAGGUCUUUCCUACCUGGUCAUUCAUCCUCCUCCUCUUCUGUUAAGCAGACACCAACCCCCACCACCUCUUUUCCCAGCAGUGAUACCCUUUCUCCCCUCAAAUCCGAUCCCCAUCCCGCCGGCGACCCUGCUCCAGGUGACGUAUCCCUUCGCUUGAAACGUGCACUCGGUAAAGGCGCGUUUUCGAAUGUGUGGCUGGCGGAAGAUCUCUCCCCCACCCCUCUGCUACUAAAGACGAAGAAGAGCCUGAGACAUUUGAAGAGGAAGGCGGAGGCGGCGUCAAGUGGGAAGCUCAAGCAUUCGAGGUCGUCUUCAAGCUUGAUGAAGCGACUACGUGGUGGUGUGAGUGGAACAAGGCCCCAUAAUGGGUCGCCUACUACUAGCCCCAACAAGUAUGGAAAUGGACUAGGUGUAGGGCAUACACAUCCGAUCAAAGACCGCAUUUCGAGCUCCAGCUCUGUCAGGAGCAUCUAUCUGGACGAGAAAGACGGCGAUGGGGUCUCACCUGAUGCAGGAACGUCUCUAUCGCGUGCUUCCUCCAUAUCUUGGCAAUCCGUGUCCUCAUCGGACAGCGAUGGCGUCGGUAGUGUGCACCGGUCGAGUUCGACUCGUUCAGCCAGGAUUAAAAGGGCCCCCAAGCUUGUCGCUGUUAAACUGACACUGAGAGGAUCCAUUGAAGUGAAGAAAGAUGCGUAUUAUCAGGCAGAAGAGGAGAGAGAGCGAGAUCGCAUGCGUGUUAGCUUCGUGAGAGAAGUGGAGGUCCUCAAGGCAAGUCGAUAUUCGAUCAAUUCUGUCUCACUUGCCUCCGAUGUCUUUGAUGUUUGGCUUAUCUUUUCCAUUUUCCAGCAUAUCUCCCAUCCGAAUAUAACGCCAUUGCUGUCCCAUCUGACGACUCGUACCCAUCAUCUCUUAGUAUUACCGUACUGUUCGGGCGGCGACCUAUUAGAGCUGGUAACCUCUGAAUCUUGGCAUGUGCUCGACGAGAGCAUCGUCAAGCGGAUAUGGGUAGAAGUAUGCCGUGCAGUCGGCUGGAUGCAUGGUGUCGGUCUAGUGCAUAGAGAUAUCAAGCUAGAGAACAUCCUACUCACCGUGCCGUUAUCGUCCUCGAUGAUCCCCAAACCGCCACAGGAUCCGUAUGAUACGGACGCGUCCCAUUCACCUCUUUCAUUACCCACUCCCCCGCUCCCACUUAUACAACUUACUGACUUCGGACUAUCGCGGUUUAUUGAUCCUUCUCGUCCAUUAUUGACGACGCGAUGCGGCAGCGAGGCGUAUGCAGCACCCGAGUUGGUCAUUAGCGGUGGUCGGUCUACUGUCGCGUCGGGUAAAAGUAAAUGGGGAGACUACGCGGAAGCUGAUGGGGGCGGAUACGAUGCCCGCGAAACUGACGCAUGGGCUUGUGGUGUUGCAUUAUACGAAAUUAUGACGAGGUUGCUACCCUUUGGCGAGGGUCCUAGUGAUGGAAAGCCGUAUGGGCGAGCCAAGUUCGCGGGUACGCCGAGUGAAAGGAGACAGUGGUUGAUCAAGAUUGCGAGAGCUGAGUGGAAAUGGCCUGAGGGAUCGAAGCACGGCGACGGUGAGGAGUCGAUUGUCGAGUGUACGGGGGCACGCCGAAUGGUUGAAAGGCUACUUGUCCGGGAUCCGAGCAAGCGGUCGAGAAUAAUUGACUUGUGGGAUGAUGAGUGGAUGAGUGGCCUUGUAUCUCCGCCGCCAUCUGGGAGGCCCAGUAUGGAGAAGGAAGCAGACAAGGGUGGAUAUAGUGUUAGAGUGAACGUCUGGCGUGAUUCUCAGCGGCUAGAGAACGGCCAGUACGAGGAUGAUUUUCGGGAAGACGGGCUUGACGAAGAAGAAAUGUUGGAGAAUGAGGUUGAUACUGAUGGGUGGAUCGUUGACAAGGAGGGGAUUGGGAGUAUUGCGAGUGAAGAGGUACAGUAA